CAAUCUGAACAUGAGCAACAUGGUUGUUUCAUCCACCGCCAUCCUCGCAAGAAGACUUCCCACCUACGAUAACAGCAAGAAGAAUGACAGUCAGGGGAAGCACAAGCAUCGCAAGCAACAUGGCACUUCGCAUCCAGUUCUGCUCGAUGUCGUGGAUGAGGAGAGGAUGCAGGGCAAGGAGUGGGAAUGGGAAAAAUCUGGGGAAUAUGGCAGGAGAGCGAUGCAGUGCGGCGAAAAUCUGUCGAAAACACUGCAUUUUUUUGGAAUCUCCAAUCCACUUGACAUCAUCUGGAGCCAUGCAACAAACAGUUCUGCCAAGCUUGAAAGGGCUCUCAGCAAAGGAAGCAGCGUCAUGUUCCUUGAAGCCGAUGUUAACUGGGGUAGCUGCGGAUCUUUGAAGGACAUAGCAGUCAUGGCGCAUCCGCCGAGCAGAACGUCUGAUUUGACCUUCCAGGAAUUUUGUCUACGAGUUGUGGAGCACAAUCGAGUUUGUCCCCACAAUGCUCGGGUCGGGGUCAAGUUCGACUUCAAGGAUCCGAGAUGCAUAGUUCCUUGUUUAACGUUCCUUAGAGAGCUCGC